AUGGCCAGUUGGGGUACAGGUAUGAAAGGACGGGCGCCAGUGGACAGACCCGGGCUGCCUAACAACGGCUACCCCACGUUUGCCGCCUAUUAUUAUGGGCAAAAGCUUGCGGUUGGGGCCGCGUGCAGAUUCUGUGGCCGCCCGGGCAUCCAAGUCGCCGCUCCGGCACCGCCACCAGUUGCCGGCGGGUCGGGUCCAGUGUUGCCCUCAGCGUCCAGUCCUGCGCCGCCCACUCCCGCCGCCGAAACGGAGGAGUUUGACCCCCAACUCAACACCAGUCAAGUCAAUGCCACCGAAUCUGUCAGCGAACAGCGGCCGACCGAAACAACAGGUGUGGUCAAGUCGUGCCUACUGUUGCAGUUCACGAACAAGCGGUUCCAACCGGUGCACGACCUGACCAUUGGCGUGGAGUUCGGCGCCCGUAUGAUCACAAUCGACGGCAAACAGAUUAAGCUCCAGAUAUGGGACACCGCGGGUCAGGAGGCGUUCCGUUCGAUCACCCGUUCGUACUAUAGGGGCGCCGCCGGAGCGCUGCUGGUCUACGACAUCACCCGCAGGGAUACGUUCAACCAUUUGACCACUUGGUUGGAGGACGCGAGACAGCACUCCAACUCGAAUAUGGUGAUCAUGUUGAUCGGCAACAAGAGUGACCUCGAGUCACGCCGUGAGGUGAAGAAGGAGGAGGGGGAGGCGUUCGCCAGAGAGCAUGGGCUCAUUUUCAUGGAGACCAGCGCUAAGACGGCCGCCAAUGUUGAGGAGGCGUUCAUUAAUACGGCUAAAGAGAUCUACGAGAAGAUCCAGGAGGGGGUGUUCGACAUCAAUAACGAG